UGGCUGAUAUUAUACAUGCCUGUUCCUCAAUAUGCUAGAAGCUGUAGUGAAUAUCGUUCCAGACUGGUACCUGGCAGUUUGUUUGCUGCCAAUAUGAUUUGUGUUGAAAUACUGCUUAAUGAUUUGCACGUGUUUGAAGUUUAUGGUCAUAUUGAUGCAUUGCGAUGUUUAUACCCCUUGUUUACUGUGUUCAUGUUAUGCAACACUUCUGGAUGCCAGUUUGGAGAAGGGUGUCAUUUUCUGGACUAUGUUCCUGGGGGCUUUAGCGCACUAGGACAGAUGGGAAACAUGGGACCAGGCGCAAGAAAGCCAGCUCCACCAACAUAUGCAGAUGGUCCUGCUCCAGCUAUCAAAACUAAGCUCUGCAACCAAAUCAACACCCCAGAAGGAUGCAAGUUCGGCUAUGGUGCCAAAAAAGACAAAGGCAAAAAGAAAACGGCUAUUUCUCAAGGGAUGAUGAUGGUGAUUGCGAUGAGGAAGAUUGAAAUGAAGCUACCUAGCUAGAUGCAUUAUUUGUAGGGAUGCUGAUUUUGUUAAAACAUUGCUUUUGUCUUUUGAUUGUUCAGCUGUAACGUAUAUUGGUUGUUGGCUUUUGCUAGCUUUUGGCUGAUUGUUUAGCUGUAACAUUUAUGUCGUACAUAAUUUUAUAACUGUCCUUUUGUAAAUAUAUGAAUACUUGUUGGCUUUUAAAUUAUGUU